GACCAUGUUUUGCCACCAUAUGGCACAACUGCCCUCAUACAGUCAAUGCGCUUACUGGAAUAGACAACCUCGAUGAUGAUGCGUCUCUACGCUAUGAUAUUGAUUUCAGUAUCGCUUUUCGUUUUAUUAGAACCUACCGAAUCCUUUUCGGUUGACAAGCAGUCAUCCAAAGGUCCAGAAUUUUCUGCUUCUUCACCCGCAAAGAAAUUUCCGUCACCUGACACGCCGCCUAUCCGAGUUCUGGAAGCUCAGCUGGACGCCAUGAAAGAUGGUGAACUGCCCUCCAUAUAUCACUUGUUCAGCAGAGCCCGAAAACUGGACAUCGACAAUGCCGCCCGCAGGGACGCAAGAGAAUCCGACCCUUCUGCGGCCCGCAAACACCGGGCAAUGACUGAAUUUCUAACCCAGCGACACUCGCAGGGUCUACUGAAUCACAAUCGAUGGAGUGUUUUGGGCAUCGUUGGAGAUCCAAAUCCAGCCAAGGGCCGUUUGUUGACGAAAUUCGCGCGCGUCAAGGUCGACUCACGAUAUUAUCGAAUCACACUGACCCGUCAGAGUGAUUGGGACGGAAAGGGCGAUCCGCGAGACUGUGACGGAUACGAAAAGUGUUGGUUCAUAUGGGACAUAACUCCAGAUGGAACAGAUAAUUCAGAUAAUGACGACGACGAUGAUGGCCUUCCCGGAGGUGAUAAUGCCAAGGAACUGUCAAAAACGCCUACUAGAGUUUUAGCCAGGAUGUGAUUUUUUGAGGGAGAUAACUACUAAUUGU